UCCUAUGAUGAUUGUUUACAUUUUUUUCUUUUGGCUCAUGUCUCAGAGGAUAAGUACUCAAAUCAAUAUUUAGAGUGAUUGUAUCAAGAUUUCUAUGAACUAAGAUGAUGAUUCUAAAAACUCUUUUCUCACUCUUGACUUUGGCUUUGACAGUGCAACAAAACAAACUUAAUAAGUUGUAUUUUUCAUAUACAGUAGAUGGAUAAGUUUCUAUUCUUAUUAUAUCUUCAAGUUUAUUCUGAAUAGCUUUUAAUGCUUCUUUUCUUAUUAUAUCUUUCAAGUUUAUUCUGCUUUGUAAUUUAUUGUGCUGAGCAAUUUAUUCUACUUUCAGCUAAAAUAUAGACUAAUUUCUCUUUUUUUUUUUUUCUUCUGCUCGCUUUUUCCUCAAAGUUAUCUUUGGAUUUGUCAUUUUCACGAUAAGUCAUUGUUUCUAUCUUCUAAUUUGUCAAAUGUCAGCUUCAAAAAGAAGUCUCUAUUGAGUAGAGUCUUAUAUAGAUGACUAUUUUUUGUUUAUAUUGUUCUUUAUCCUUUAAGUUUCUAUAUAGUAGAUAAUGAAUAUAGUGCGACUAUGUUCAUAUUACAAUGUUGAAAGUACCUGAGAUGCAAUAUCUCGAAGUUUGUUUGAGGAAAACAUGAAAUAACAAAUGCUACCACAUUAUGAGAAUUGUCCGGGUGCUUUAUCUCUGGCAUUAUGGUCCCACAUUUUCUUUCUUGAUAGGGAAAGUUGGAUUAUAUUUUCCAACUUUCUUCUUUAUUUGCAAUAGGUGCUCUUUUAGCUUUUCCUAAUAGCAUUGCAAACACCAUCUUUGAGUAUAAUAGGUUCAUGCGCUUGCAUUAUGUUAUAUAGCAAGUGUUGCUGACUAAUGUCAACUUUAUGAUGCUACAUUUCUUAUUAUUUUAGUUAUUUUGAUUAGUGUUAUACUACUCCGUUAUAAGGAUUCCACCAUUUAACAUUUUAUCAUACUGUUGAUCUAUUUGUGGAGAUGAUUAUGGUUUCACUAGAAUGUUUGAUUGUGCUAUGGCAGGAAAGACAGAGAGCAUGUGGAAGAAGACUGUUAGGCAUGAUGAAGAAGAUAAUGACCUGCUAUGGUAUGGCACGUAAGACUAGCUUGAUUGCUGAAGUUGAUGAUUCAAAAGAAACAUGGAAAUUGGGAGUAAGAAUAACUAAUCUUUGGGUUGUUGAGAAGUCAUCGAAAGUGAAUGCUAUGGAAAUGAUAUUUAUGGAUCAAAAGGGAGGAAAAAUUACAGCUAUAGUGAAAAAAUUCGAUAUUGACAAGUGGAAGUCAAUGCUUAAGGAGGACAACACUUAUAUUGUUCAAAACUUUGAGGUUAACCACAAUGAUGGUCAAUUUAGGACUUCAAAUCAUCCUUACAAAUUAGUUUUCAUGAAAGGGACAAUAGUGCAAGCGCGUCAAAUUCCUGAAAUACCUCAUAAUAUUUAUCACUUCACUCCCUUUGAUGACAUCUUAGCGGGAGGUGCAUCUACUGAAGUGUUAGUAGAUGUGAUCGGUGAAUUGUCAGAUGUCGUACAAAUUCAAAAAGAGAGUGUGCCAAAAAGGGUGGUAUUGGUCUUAAAGGAUGAAAGGAACAAUACUCUUCAUUGUACUUUGUGGGAGAACUAUGCAGCUAGGAUGAUAAGUUUUCUGGAAACACAUGUAGAAGGUCAUGUUGUCAUAUUGCUUUCUCUUGCAAAGAUAAAAGAGACAAAUGGGAAAUAUCCAACAACCAUCCAAAACUCAAUGUAUUGUUCGAAAUUGUUCAUUGAUGAACCUCUUGCGGAGAUUCAGGAGUAUAAAAAUAGGUUGGGCUCAAUAUGUGUCAAUGAAUCUUACAGUCAAAAAAUGUCUCAAUUCUCUUCAUGCUCUCAAUUUACAAGUGAAGAGAAAUUUGUGCAAAAUGAUAUUGUUAAAAGUUUGUCUCAGCUUAAUGAGGUUCAGAAGGAAUGCUAUGUAGUAACUGUUGCCAAAAUAGAUAAAGUGUGUGUUGGAAAUGGUUGGAGCUAUGAAGCAUGCUUUAAGUGCAAUAGGAAGGCAGAUUGUUCAAGUCUACCAUUCACUUGUCCAAAAUGUGGGAAAAAAAACACUGAAACAGUUCCAAGAUUUAGGGUUGAAGUUAUGGUAUCCUAUAACAAUAAUAGUUCAAAAUUUGUGCUGUGGGAUCGAGAGUGUAUCCAAUUAGUGAAGCAAACUGCUAUUGAUCUUAAGAAGCAACUUCUUGAUGAAGGUGAAUUUGAUGCAAUGGCUGUUCCAGAACCAAUUGAUUGCAUUCUUGGAAAACUGUUUGCCUUUAAAGUUAAGGUUCAACCCGGCUACAAACAGUUUUCUGUCACAGGAGUUUCUGAUAAUGAAAAGACCAUUGAAAGCAUAAGGGACAAAUUGCAAGUUGAUGAGGAUUCCCUAAUGAGCAAGAAAGGGAAAUCAAUUAGCUCCUUCCUCAAAGAAGAUGAUGCAUAUGAGAUUCAAUCAUUGUCUGCAACAGCUGAUUCUGAUACUACAUCAAUAGGACAUUGUACUCCUGCUAAGAGAUUGUCAAAGGAUACACUAGAUGAUGAUUUUGCAUGCCAAGAUUUGCCUUCUGUUCAACUCUCUUCUUCAAAAGUCACAAAGCACAUCAAAACUGAAUGAUAUGCUUCAUUUAUUAUUAUUAAGAUGAAGCUUAUGAGUGAAACUUCUUUUUGCAUCUUUUGGCUAGAAUAGAAACUAACCAUAGUUGUUAGAAACAGUUGAAUCAGUAACUGUGGCUUUUUUGUAAUUAGAUGCUAUAUAAUCUUUUUGUAAUUAGAUGCUAUCUAAACUGUUUAGCCAGUAUUGACUUCACUAUGUGGAAGAUGUUUUCCAGCUCACUUUAUUAUAUGGAGUGAAUAUAUGUCUUGGAACCUUGUAUUAAUUUUAAUUUUAAGUUUGUAUUAUUUAAUCUA